UCUGUCUCUCUCUGUCUCUCUCUGUCUCUCUCUGUCUCUCUCUCUCUCUCUCUCUCUCUCUCUCUCUCUCUCUCUCUCUCUCUCUCUCUCUCUCUCUCUCUCUCUCUCUCUCUCUCUCUCUCUCUCUCUCUCUCUCUCUCUCUCUCUCUCAGUGAUCUCAGUGAGAACCAGAUUCAGGGGGUUCCCAGGAAAGCCUUCAGAGGAGCCGUAGAAAUCAAGAACCUCCAGCUGGAUUAUAACCAGAUCAGCUGUAUAGAGGACGGAGCGUUCAGAGCUCUACGAGACCUGGAAGUACUAACUCUGAACAACAACAAUAUCAGUCGUCUGUCGGUGGCUAGUUUCAACCACAUGCCCAAACUGAGAACCUUUCGUCUCCACUCCAACAACCUGUUGUGCGACUGCCACGUGUCCUGGUUGUCAGAGUGGUUGAGACAGCGUCCCCGUCUGGGUCUCUACACACAGUGCAUGUCCCCUCCGACCAUGAGGGGACACAACGUGGCUGAGGUCCAGAAGAAAGAGUUCCUCUGCACAGGCCACCAGUCGUCCCCUUCCUGCAGUGUUCUCCAGUGUCCUGAGUCGUGUACCUGCAGUAACAACAUAGUGGACUGUAGAGGAAAGAGCCUUACCGAGAUACCUGGCAACCUGCCUGAGACCAUCACAGAGAUUCGGUUGGAACAGAAUUCUAUCAAGAGUCUUCCUGCCGGAGCCUUCUCUCCGUACAAGAAGCUACGCAGAAUAGAUCUCAGUAAUAACCAGAUAUCAGAACUGGCCCCAGAUGCUUUCCAAGGCCUGAGAUCUCUCAACUCUCUGGUCCUCUAUGGGAAUAAGAUCACGGAAAUCUCCAAAGGAUUGUUGGAGGGACUGUUCUCUCUGCAGCUACUGUUGUUGAAUGCUAAUAAGAUAGCGUGUCUGCGUGUGGAUGCGUUCCAGGACCUCCACAACCUCAACUUGCUCUCUCUAUACGACAACAAACUGCAGACCAUCGCUAAGGGAACCUUUGCUUCACUACGAGCCAUACAGACCCUCCACCUGGCCCAGAACCCGUUUAUCUGUGACUGCCAUCUGAAGUGGCUGGCUGACUACCUCCAAGACAACCCGAUUGAGACCAGCGGGGCUCGCUGCACCUCCCCCCGUCGCCUCGCCAACAAACGCAUCGGACAGAUCAAGAGCAAGAAGUUCCGCUGUUCAGGUAGAGAGACACACAGAGACACACAGAGUCACACAGAGACACACAGAGAGACACACAGAGAGACACACAGAGACACACAGAGACACACAGAGACACACAGAGAGACACACAGAGACACAGACACACAGAGAGAUACAGAGAGACAGAGAGAUACAGAGAACACAGAGAGAUACAGAGACACACAGAGAGAUACAGAGACACACAGAGACACACAGAGACACACAGAGAGAUACAGAGAGACACAGAGAGACACAGAGAGACACUGAGACACACAGAGAGAU